UUUGGUCAGGACCGUUCUUUGCAUCACAAAGUUUUGUCAAGUGUCCAAGUUGGUAACACUUCCAGUAGGAAGAAUAUUUUUAAAAAAUCAUUUUAGCACGAACUUGGCUGAUUCUGGCUGAGAGUCAAAUCUGGCACUCCACAGCAGAAGAGAGGAAAAAGAAAGGAGUGCCUUGCUCAUCUUUCAGUGUUGUCAGUGCAAGGGAAUGCUGGACAUUACACAACUCUGGAGUCUGCAGGAAGGAUUGAACAAUAGCUUUUGAACAUCAUUAUCUUCACCUCCUUUGCUUGGAAUAUACCGGGAACCUUGUGGCAAUGGGUGAACUAGCUCGACUCUGAGAAGAUGAAAAUCAAUUAGAAGAAGACAGGAUAACCUAGUAUUCCCCCUCUAACAAUCUGUGGAAGUAAGCUACAACAAGCAAUCCACUUUAAUACUCAGCAGGCUCAUGAACACAUAAUACUCCCAGAUGUCAGAAGCAGAGACUGAUAAACAAAAAAUUAGAACAACACAGAGUUUUGAAAAUGAUCAGCAAAAUACUUCAACACUGUUGAAAGAAGGACUGACAAUUUCCCAACCUCUUGGAGACACAAACAGUUGUACCAGCUCCCUCCCUCUGCAAGUUCUCCCUAUUGUAAUUCUGAAUCAAGCAGAUCAUCCAGAAACUCAGCUAGCAAUUAAGGAUGAGAAACCUGUGAAAGGUAUUGUUCUCAGCUCAGUAUCAGAAUUCAGCAUCACAGAUGUACCAUCCAAGGACACCAAAAAUGAAAGAAAACUGUCAGAGUGUAGCACGUCAUCUACGUUAUCAUCCCUUAAGAAAUGCAGAACACAAUUCAGCUACCUUGAAGAGGAUACGUCCGUCCAUGAAAGAGACAGUAAUGAUGAAUGUGCCACACUCAUCUUGGCCUGCUUGUUUUGCCAGUUUUGGGACUUUCUAUUCAUGUGUCCUGAUGUCUGUGAAAAUUGGUUGACCAACGUGUGCUGCCCUUCCCAUAGAUAUUAUCAAACUGCCACUGAUGACUCCAGCAAUGGCGACUGCAGCUGCGAUUGUGAUAUUGAUUGCAGCAUAUUUGAAUCUUGUCACGAAACCAGUGAGUGCCUAGAACUGGCUCUGGAGAUUUCUCAAGUCUGUUACCACUAAUCAAGGAGUUGACUGAAAUUCCCAUGAACCAUCCCUACUGAAGAAUAGAUUUAUAAUAAUGAUGAUGAUAAUAGCAACAAUAAUAAUAUUGAUGAAGAAAAACAACAAUGGUUAUGAUGACGAUGACAACAGCAACAAUGUUUGCUAUCCAGAGUUAUGUUAUAAAUUGUGUACAGUUUGUAUAGCAUCACACACAAAUCCAUUUUUAGAAUUUCAUAAUUGUUACAGAUGGGGAAGAGAUGGAAAAGUGGGAAAAUGUUUUGCAAUGUAUUCUAAUAAUUGUAUAAGAUGAAUUCUAGAAUGUUUCCAAGGAAUGAUUGCAUUUUUCAUUUCUUUUUUCUCCCCCAACCUUCACCCACUGCAGACAACAUUCCAUGAUUCAAAGUGUAAUCAGACAAUUGCUAUCAAAGAUGAAUGACAGCCACAGGCCAAAAAGUAUUCAUGGUGAUUGCUUCCCAAAUAUUAUAUGACUCAACAGUGGGCAUGUCUAGAAUUUGCAUGUGUCAUAUAUGUUUCAAAUGGAUACCUUGCAGUCUAAAAAAAAAGGAAGUAAUGGUGAGUUAGAGGGAAAAGAAAAAGAAAUAUGGCAGCACCUUUAAAACUAACUGGUUUUUAUUUCUGUAUGGGCUUUCAUGGAUAUAAACUCACUUCAAAUGCAGUGUUUCCUUCUUUUUAUGUUGUGAGAGACUAACAUGGCAACUUCUUUGAAAACUAAAACAAUGUCAUUUCAAAAACAUCUUCAGCUAUUUUACCACUGGCAAGGUGAAGUUUCUCUAACAAUAUGAUGUUCCAAACUCCGUAUAACCAAUGACCAAUGGGCAAACUUGGUAAUCUCUCUCUGAUAAUAUUAAAAUUAGGGUCAUCGGUGAAGCUGAUCAAUAAUAGUUUAAGGAAAGUCCUCAUCAGCCAAAAAGGAUUAUUGUUGUGCUUGUUGUUA